AAUGGCCAAGCAUGUGACCGACUUCACCAAAGGCCUGGCCGACUUGGUGGAGGAAAGGUGCUCAACUGUGCAGGUCUUUGUGGACGAGGCAAGAGUUGCGCCUCAAGUGGAACUUGCAAAAUUUGUUUGGGGUACAUCAAGAAAAAUUCACAAAAAGAUCGAUCCGAAUCACGAUCACGAUGGCAAGCGGAAGCAAGCUUGGGAAGAAGCAAAAGGAAUGCUCAAGGAAAUCAUUGACUUCGAGUUGUGGAGUCCAUUGGAUUUUCGCGGACCGUGCAUCAAGACAGUUUCGGAAAAGAUUGUAGCAGAGGUCUUGAAGAACUAUUUGCACUUCGUCCUCACUGGGGAGGUCAGAACCAAACACGCGCCGCCAAAGCUGCUGGGCGAGACGGAUGAGCUGCUUGUCAUUGACAAACCCCCGAUGUUUACGUGCAACUAUGGUAGUGGUAAGCUACCUCCGACUGCCGGGUGCGAGACACCAACUCAAUUGCUUAAUUGCACCAAGGCUACCAUUCAGAUCCAUGAGUACUUGGCCUUGAAGUUUGACUACGAAUGCGCAGAAGCCACCAAGAAUUUUUGGAGAAAGGUGAAGAACGACAGUAUCAAAGAGCAGCCGUGCCAAUGUGGCAGAUGCGACACAUGUGCCACCAUGCAGGCAGGCUGCUGCAAUCGACUUGACAAGGAGACUUCGGGUGUCAUGGUGGCUGCAAAGACCUUUCGAGGGUUCCCUGAAAUCCGAAAGCAGUUCAACAGCGACCACAGUUUGGAAGUGGGAGGGACUGAGAAGUUCUACUUUGCGUUGGUUCGUGGCGAGGUGAGAGUGCCAACCGAAAAGAAAGAAAGGUCACCAGAUUGGAAGGUCGAGCCUGACGAAUCUGACAGGCGAAGAGGCCGAAUUGAGAUCGCCCUUUACUUCGACAAGGCGAAGUGGAAAGCUUUUCCGUGGAAUGAUGGUGACCAGUGGAAGUCAAGAGACAGUGGGAACCGCAAAGCGUAUACCAAACAAGGUGAAGAUCGGGAAGAAGGCUUUGAGCAAGGAGAGUCGGAUGGGCGUCUUCAUGCAGUCACCUUCUAUGAACCAGUUGCGUGGUUCACUGACAGAUUGAAGAGCGAUGAGCAGUACACCCUGCUGAAGUUGCAGAUCGUCACAGGUCGCACCCACCAGAUCAGGUUUCAUUGCUCUCAAAUCGGACACUGCCUUGUUGGAGAUUGUGCCUAUGGUGCCCCGCAAUCUGAUCGCGACUGGGCCAAAAGGGCAUGCCUGCACUCGUACAAGACAAAAUUCAUGGAGCCGUUUUCCGAGAAAUGGUAUGAGGCUAUCUCUCCUUUGCCACAAGACCUUGGCGAUUUGAUGUCAUCUUUACGGUUGCGUCGGGUACAGGAGGGAUGCCCACUUUUCCUGUCAAGAAGGUCGCACGCACCGCUGCACAAAAUGUUCAGACCGUACGAUGCAAACAGUCAACUACUCCAGCGUCAUGAUCCACCUCGGAAUGCUCAGCCCAAGUUCGAAGUCAAAACGGAGACACAGGUGAAGAAUGGCCAGUUGCAUUCUGAUGGAGCGGCAGAUGGAGCUUCCAAUCACGAGUGGCAUUGGAACAACGAGAACUCCUGGAACCAAUGGACAACAAAUGAGCGCUCAAAUGGAAAUAUUGGGGACGGCAAUGGAAAUGGCAAUCAGAUCAAUCAGCAAAUUUCUACUUGGAGUGCUUGGAAUGCGAGCAAUGUGAUGAUGGAGGAUGAUGAUGACGAGACUUGGGGCAAGUGGAAACCCGAUGGUCUCAAGGAGCAUAAGGAGCCAGUUCCAGAACCCAAAGAACCUCCAGCACCUAAAGAACCUGAUGUCAAGAGGCCAAGAACGGAGAGCCAACAGCCGCAACAGCCGCAACAGCCGCAACAGCCGCUGACACCUCCAGGAGAUCAGGCACCCCCUUCAGCAUGGAAAAGAAUGGAAUCUACUCGGCAAGCCGGAGUUUUUUACUACUUCAACACAACCACUAUGCAGACGCAGGUAGAGCCACCUCCUCCAUGGGAGAAGAAGCAGUCCAGACGAGAUCCCAGUAUACUGUACUACUGGAAUCCGGUGACAAACCAAACCUCCUUGGAGAAACCUCUGAUAUGAGUCGACAUGUGCUGUCGGCAUAUGUUCUCAAUCUCCACAUGAGGCUGAUUUGGUUAGACGAGUGUCUACAAGAAGUGGAUCCGUCAUGCCACAUUGUGCAUAUUCAAAGCUAUCUGUGCCCCACAGUGCCUUAGCAGUGUCUUAGCCUGCUUGUAGCUCUUAGAGUCCUAGAGUGCCGCUGAAAGGCACGGCAGUCCACUCCAGAUUUGAACCUGGUGUGUUUGGAUUUGCAUCCGAACCAUUGGGAAAGACUGGAUGUGUGCGAUGUGUUUC